AGGGCCCUUCAAAUCCGGUGAGAUCAGCAAACUCGGCAACAUUUGCUCAGAAUCACAUGAUCGUGUUCCUCUGUCCUGCCUUGCGGUGCAGGAAGAGAUACAGUAACUUCCAAACACAUGUAACGGUCGCUUCGCCGUCUCACUUCGCUCAGACACAAUGAAACUCAUCAUAACCAAUGACUAUGACCAGGUCAGCGAAUGGGCAGCCAAAUACAUCAGGAACAGAAUAAGAAAGUUUAAUCCAGGUCCUGACAGAUUUUUCAUCCUGGGGCUUCCAACAGGAAGCACUCCACUUGGAUGUUACAAGAAACUGAUUGAGUAUCACAAAAAGGGGGAAAUAUCUUUUCAAUAUGUGAAAACAUUUAAUAUGGAUGAGUAUGUAGGACUUCCUAGAGACCAUCCUGAAAGUUACCAUUCAUUCAUGUGGAACAGCUUCUUCAAGCACAUUGACAUCCGAGCAGAGAAUGCUCAUAUCUUGGAUGGCAAUGCAUCUAAUCUAGAGAAAGAAUGUCAGGACUUUGAAGCCAAGAUCAAAGCGGCAGGAGGAAUUGAACUUUUUGUUGGCGGGAUUGGACCUGACGGUCACAUCGCUUUUAAUGAGCCUGGCUCUAGUCUUGUGUCCCGAACCCGUGUGAAGACCUUGGCUAUGGACACAAUCCUGGCUAAUGCACGUUUCUUUGAUGGAGAUCUCGCUAAAGUCCCCACCAUGGCCCUUACGGUUGGGGUUGGCACAGUAAUGGAUGCGCGGGAGGUCAUGAUCCUUAUCACCGGUGCCCAUAAAGCAUUUGCCCUCUACAAAGCCAUAGAAGAAGGAGUGAAUCACAUGUGGACUGUGUCUGCAUUCCAGCAACACCCCCAGACUGUGUUUGUGUGUGAUGAAGAUGCCACACAUGAGCUGAGGGUCAAAACGGUCAAGUAUUUCAAAGGCAUGAUGCAUGUGCACAAUAAGAUGGUGGAAGAGCUAUAGAUUGAUUCUGAAGAGAAGAAUGAACACACUCCUAUUUUGUUGACCGAAGCUAAUAAAACCAAUACGUAGUGAAGUAUUCCAAUAAUGAUUCUCUUUUUUCAGUUCCUAUUUUUGUUGUUGUUGUAUUUUCUAUAACCUAAUGAUUUGUUUUAAGUAAACCUCUAAAUACUUGAAAUUUAAAUAGAAUGUGAUUAUAUUACAAUCGAUUGGUAAUCCCACUGUCUCAAAUGUGACCAAAUAAAAAAACUAUAUAUUUUUCUGUUGACUAUUCAGUAAAUAAAAAGUGAAUACUUAGAACAAGAACUGCAAAUGUAUUGUAUGGAUUGAUUGUAUAGACAGAGAUGGCAUAUGUUUGCAACAUUAACACCUGCACAACAAAACAUUUUAAUAGUGUGAGACAAGAUUAAAGAGGUGCUAGCUAUUGUGUAAUUAAAGCGCCAUACAAACAUUUCUUGUACAUGUUAAUUGCCCCAAUUCAGUGUAAUCAAGUAGAUACAUCAUGGAGUGAAAAUGAAAUUAAAAGAAUAUUCUGUGUUUAAUACAAGUUAAGCUCAAUCGACUGCAUGUGUUGCAUAAUGUUGAUUACCACAAAAAUGUAAUUAAAUUAAUCCUUCCUUUUCUUUAACAAAAUUAAAAAAUCGAGGUUAAAGGAAUAGUUAACCCAAAAAUUUAAAUUCUCUCAUCAUUUACUCACCCUCAUGCCAUCCCAGAUGUGUUUGACUUUCUGUCUUCUGAAGACAUGGAUUAAAACACUGCAUUCGUGUGGAUUACUUUAAUGCUGCCUUUAUGUGAUUUUUGAAACGUCAACAUUUUGCCACCCAUUCAGUUGCAUCGUAUGGACCUACAGAGCUGAAAUAUUCUUCUAAAAAUCAUUAUUGGUGUUCAGCAGAACAAAGUAAGUCACACAUCUGGAAUGGCAUGAAGGUGAGUAAAUGAUUAGAGAAUUUUAAUUUUUGGGUGAAGCAUCCCUUUAAAGUGAGGCUGAAAUGUGAAGCUUAUAAUUUUAUAAAAGUACUUACAUUAUUUUUAUGUCAAAAGAACUUUUUUGUUACUGAGCUGUAAAGUUGUUUAAAUCGUGAUCUUUACAGUCAUUUUAGGGUUUCAGGGUUUGUUGACCUUACAUUGACAUGGCAACAAAGUUGUAAAAUUGGAUAUAACUCUACAUAGAUAAGGUUAGUAAGCUAUUUCAUCACACUAAAAAUCAUGUUAACACACACAUUGUUUAUGUCUUGUGGCUAUACUUAUUAAAGUAUUUUAACUGUUAUGGAUUGGCCCCAUUCACUUCCAUUGUAAGUGCCUCACUGUACCUAUCUUAGAUUUUUUUUAAUUAUUUUUAAAGAAUAUGAGGGACGAGCUAAAAUUAAUUUUUGUGGUAAUCAGUAUUAUGCCACAAAUGCUGUCGAUUGAGUUUAACUUGAAUUAAACCAGAAAUAUUCCUUGAAGUGAUUCACAAUGUUGUGAAAUCAUUUUCAUUCUGCAAAGGUGUUUAGGCCACACAACAAGCUGAAUGUGCACUUUAACUUUUACUCACUCCUACACGUUGGAACAGUUUAAAAUAGGUUAUGAGGCUACAGUUCAUGGUCAAAACUUUAAUGCUUCAUUUGUGAAAUAUGCAUUGUCCAAAGUGUGUUUUAUAAUACUGCCUAGUACCGACAGAUAAGAAGCUUACCUAGGGGGAU